CGCUCCUUCAAAAAAAAAAAAAAAACCAAUUCAUUUCUCUGCCUUCCCCUUCCAGCCCAAGAGGAAAAAAAUCUCACGCCACCAGCUGCACCUCCCUCCUCGCCGUCGCCGCCCAUGGACUCCGUCGCGGCCGCCGCGAUCGCAACCACCUCCCGCUCUCUCCCGCUCCCCUUCUCCUCUACCCCGCUCCACCGCCGGCGCCGUGCCUCCUUCCUCCCCGUCGCCGCCUCCAAGCGUUACGAAGACGAUGAGGAGGCAGCCAAAGGCAAAGGGUCCGGCACGGGGCCCGGGCGCGAGCCCACCAGCCUGGCGCCGUACGGCGGGCUCUCCAUCUCGCCGCUCUCCAAGGACGCGGCCAUGGGACUGGUGGUGAGCGCUGCCACGGGGAGCGGCUGGACGACGGGAUCGGGGAUGGAGGGCCCGCCGACGGCGAGCAAAGCCGGUGGGGCGGGCAGGCCGGAGGUGUCCACGCUGCCUUGGUCCCUCUUCACCAAAUCACCGCGGCGGCGGAUGCGGGUGGCCUUCACCUGCAACGUGUGCGGGCAGCGUACGACCAGGGCCAUCAAUCCUCAUGCCUACACUGAUGGAACUGUGUUUGUUCAGUGCUGUGGUUGCAAUGUGUUCCACAAGUUGGUCGAUAACCUGAACCUGUUUCAUGAGAUGAAGUGCUACGUUGGUCCAGACUUCCGUUACGAAGGGGAUGCUCCAUUCAACUACCUUGACAGAAACGAGGAUGGCGACACUAUCUUCCCUCUCUAAAGUCUAAAAGCCUCCCUUAUGUUUCAGUACGAAAUGAUCGAUGUUGUUCUAAUUUGCUCGUAUAGCUGUACUUAAUAAGAAGAUGUACGUUCAUGAACCUGUUAGACUAUUCAGAUGUAUAUAAUUAUACUUAGUGCACACAGGUAGUGGAUAAUAAUGGAAUAGACGAGGAAGUUAUGCAUUCGGCCUUGUGCUCUAGGAGUCUAUAGUUUGUGAACAUGAUAUAUGAAUAUAUCUCAAGUGGUUUCUGCCUUUCUGGAGUA